AUGUCCUUCGAGAUCGGAGCUCGUGUGGUGAUCCAUGGAAUCGAUGGGAAAGAGGGAGCAGAAGCAGAGAUAGUAUCAUUUGAUGACGCCUCUGCCACCUACGAGUGCAAGUUGCUCGCAGAAGACCUUGAAGGCGAGAAGGUCUUCUGCAAGGCGGAGAACUUAGGCACUCCAGCUGCGGAUGAUCCGGACAAGAAGCUGGCUGAUCUCAUGAAGGAUGCCGGCAGGACCAGGAGCGACAGCGGCUCAAAAAAAAGCAAGAAAGCCAGCAAGAAAAAGAAGAAGAAAAAGAAGAAGAGCACUAGCUCGAGCAGCAGCUCCAGCAGCAGCAGGUCAAGCAGCACCAAUGCCCCCAAUCGCAAGAAGCGUGGGACGAUGUUCAACAAAUCGGCGCUGGAGAUGGCAGAGAAGGACAAGAAGCGGAACCGGAGGGAUCGCGAAGGCGGUGCAGCUGCUGCGGCUGCUUUACUUGGAUUGCGAUGA